GUUUACUGUUGAUACAAGGCAGCUCUCAUUUUUUGAUUUUUAAAGCAAUUAAAUCUCAACUAAUGAAUUAAAGUAACUUAAAAUUUGCACUCAAAUCUCAAGUAAAUGAAAUAUAUUUAUAAUUAAAUGGAACAACACUCACAAGAAAACCCCUUGUUCGAUCUCCUCUACAUAUUGAGAGGAGCAACUCCUACCCAUCCAUUCUUAUUUCAUCAUAUCUUUCAAUACUUCGACAAGGAUCAAAAAUUAGCAAUAAAACUCUGUCGAAAAUUGAUGAAUUAUCAAGAUUGUAAUUAAAAAAAUCAAAAUGGGCACACACCCCUCUAAAUUGCUGUGAUUUACAACUAGAAAGCUGCCAUACGAUAUGCUCAAUAAGAUGGUAGGUUCGAUUUUAACGAUGAAACAUUGAUGUCCUUAGCAAUCAUUCAUGCUUACUUUGAAAUUGUUGAAAUCCUCUUAUUAGUAAGAAUAUUCCCCUUAAUAUUAGGAUGAAGGACUAUCAGUAAUGCAAGUCAAUUUGAGGAUCAUGAAUUCCCAAUCAGCAAUCAAUUUAAAAAUUCUAAAAAGGUUUGAAAAACUUGAAAUCUAGAAAGCCUUAAAUGAGGACACGUCUGAAUAUUAAGAAAUUAUAGUCAAUCGAAUCCCUCAAUUUCCGAUUCCCAAGACUCCUGGUAAAAUUAUCAUUGAGACUAUCAAUGAAAGUCUUAUACCAACUGCUGAGUGCAUAGAAGAAAUUAACUAAGAAAGUGAAUUAAGAAAGAUGAAUAGAAAUGGAAACUUUAAGAAGCAAAGUUCAUGCCAAGAAAAUUAAAUCUACAAAUUAAAACAGAAAUAACAAACAAUUGAAUUAUAAGAACAUCGAGUUUCUUAUUAUAAUUUAUUCAGAUGCGAAGAUUUUGUCUAAUAAUUAUUCUCCAAGAUAUUCUAAUUUAAAUAUGUAAUCAUCUAUUCAUAAUUAAGAGCCAUAAUUAGAUUUAGUGAUGUUAUUGAUUCUCUAGCAAGGCAACCGUGAUUGUUAUUAUAAUAAUUUAGAUAGUCUAAUUGAGUAGAUGCUGGUACCAAUUCCUACUGAAUACUCUUAUUCCGAUUUUGAUGAAACAAAGAAAAUAGACAAUUAUUGCAGAGAGUUUAAAAAAGAAAUUACAGAAAAGCUAAAUGGUUAUAAGUAGGUAGAUUGUUAUAAUAUUAAAAGUAACUAUAAAGGUAGCAGCACCAUUUUGAUAAUCUCAAAGUACAGAACUAAUCCAAAUUAAAAUCUGAUGUCUCCUAACAAAAUUAAAAUUAGGAAGUGUUAAUAAAUUUCUAAAAUUUACUCCUUAUUUAUAAGGGUUUGUUUUAAAUAUUAUACAAACCUUACAUGAAUAUGGAUAGUUGUCUUUUUAUUUUAGAAUAGUUUGAGUUGAUAAAUAAAUUAGAUAUGAUUCCUCAAUGCUAAUUAAUUACUGCUGAUGAGACCAUAUCGACAAAUGUUUAAUGA